AGCUACUGUGCUCAGAGUGAAUCGUCUUUGAUUUCCCCAGCUCGUCGUAUUUGGAACAAAAAUGGCUCAUCGCCUUGCGACCAUCCAGCGACAGGUCUUGGCCGGCGACGCGGCGGUCAGCGGCGGCGUGCUGCCAUCGGCCGUGUCGGGCAAUGAGGAUGCCGAGUUCGCCCAGCGCGUGCAGGAGAUGAAGACCUGGAUGAGCGGUGAGCGCUUCAAGCACACCACCCGACCCUACAAGGUGGAGGAUGUGGUGAAGCUACAAGGUACCUUUUCCCUGCAGUUCGCUGGGGCCAGGGUGUCUGAGAAACUCUACAAGAUGAUGCGCGAACACCAGGCCAAGGGCACCUGCUCCCACACCUUUGGCGCCCUGGACACCGUGCAGGUGACCCAGAUGGCCAAGUACCUCACCUCAGUCUACGUCAGCGGCUGGCAGUGUUCCUCCACCGCCUCCACCUCCAACGAGCCAGGACCCGAUGUGGCGGACUACCCCUACGACACCGUGCCCAACAAGGUGGAUCAGCUCUUCCGCGCGCAGCUCUUCCACGACCGCAAGCAGUACGAGGAGCGCCGCCGUAUGUCUCCGGAGGACCGCGCCAAGUCGGCUCCCGUGGACUAUUUGAACCCCAUCAUUGCGGAUGCUGACACUGGACAUGGUGGCAUCACUGCCACCAUGAAGUUGGCGAAGAUGUUCAUUGAGAACGGCGCUGCGGGAAUUCACAUCGAGGAUCAGAAGCCGGGCACCAAGAAGUGCGGACACAUGGGUGGCAAGGUCUUGGUCUCUACCCAGGAGCACAUCCAGCGCCUCAUCGCCAUCCGCUUGCAGGCCGAUGUGCUGAACUCGCCUUUGGUCCUGGUGGCGCGCACCGAUGCAGAGGCGGCCACCAUGAUCGACUCCAACAUCGAUCCCAUCGACCAUCCCCACAUCAAGGGCAUGACGGUGAAGGGUGUGGAGCCUUUGUUCGAGGCCAUGCGCAAGGGCAGCGAUAAGGACUGGGAACAGCGCGCAGGCUGCAUGACCUUCCCUGAGGCCGUGUCCAAGGCCUUGAAGGCCAAGGGCAAGGACAGCAAGCAGUGGGAGAAGGACUCCCGCAAGAUGUCCAUCGACCAGAUGAGGAAGGCCGCGGCUGACAUGGGCUGCGACAUCUUCUUCGACUGGGACUCCGCCCGCUCGGUGGAGGGCUACUACCGUAUCAAGGGCUCGACGGAGUUCUGCAUUGAGCGCGCCAUUGCCUUCGCCCCUUACGCGGACUGCAUUUGGAUGGAGACUGGAAAGCCUAUUCUGGGACAGGCCACGCAGUUCGCUCAGGAGGUGCGGGCAGCGGUGCCCCAUCAGAUGUUGGCCUACAACUUGAGCCCCUCCUUCAACUGGGACAGUGCAGGCAUGACGGAUGCGCAGAUGGAGUCCUUCAUUUGGGACUUGGCGAAGUUGGGCUUCUGCUGGCAGUUCAUCACCUUGGCUGGCUUCCACUGCGAUGCCCUCAGCAUCGACCUCUUCGCCAAGGAGUAUGCCACAAAGGGUGCCUACGCCUAUGUUUCCAUGAUCCAACGCGAGGAGCGCAAGAACAAGGUUGAGACCUUGACCCAUCAGAAGUGGAGUGGUUCGGAGAUCGUGGACGAGAUGGGCAAUGUGGUCAGUGGCGGCCUCUCCUCCACAGGCAUCAUGUCCGCUGGUGUCACGGAAAAACAAUUCUGAGCGCAGAAAGCGCCGGCACGCAAAACACAUGCUUUCGGCGCGGCUUGACAGUUUUCAACCUCUGCGCGGGGUUUAGUUCUUGACUACAUGGCUGGAUGCUUGUCACAAGUGGGUGCCACUUUUCCCAUUGGAACUCAGCUGGUCAGCUAGUCAAGGCUGCCCAGGCUCGAUUUGGGAGGCAUCGGCCCCGAUCCAAGUGGUACCUACCAAGACGGCGGCUCCAGGAAAUGUAACGUUUGUGCUGCUGCGCGUGACGCUGGCAUGCGCGUAGCAGCAGGCAGUACCAACUGCCGGCUACAUCUUUACCAGCAUUUUUUCCGUGUGGGCCCCUGGUUUCAGCAUCUAAUCUAAU